UCCGUUAUUUAACUUGACUUCCGGCUAGCUUGUUUCCGACUUCUCAGAGUUGGCAACCUUAUCUAACAAUAGUGUAUUGAUCGUAUUGUGUUAGUUGUAUAAUAAUUGUGUCGUUGAAGAGGUAAUAAUGUCAGGGGGAACGCGCCUAGAAAACGCCAAUCCUCUGAUAUUUCAGCGAUCGGGGGAAAGACUCCUCACUGCCGCUGAUGAAGAUGAGGAUGUAGCGGAUCCCAUCGAUGACAGAGAGAUCUUCGAUCUGAUCAGAUCGAUCAAUGACCCUGAGCACCCACUGUCCCUCGAAGAGCUGAAUGUCGUGGAACAAAUGCGCGUCAAUGUGAAUGAUCAGGAGAGCAUGGUGUCUGUGGAGUUCACACCGACCAUCCCACACUGCAGUAUGGCCACACUCAUUGGCCUGUCCAUCAAAGUCAAGCUUCUGCGCUCCCUUCCUGACAGAUUUAAGGUAAGUUUAGUGAGCAGCCAAACACAGUUAAGCUUACAUUAGGCUGACUGUAAAGCU